AUGAAUCUAAGAAUACAAAUAAAAGACAGUAUCGGAUAUCUUGUCAUCAAAAUUGCGAGAUACACGAAGACCAUUUUUAAAAGGGCAUUGCACGGCGCGGGAUCAUCAGGAACUACCACUACAACUAUCGCUACCACUACAACCACUUUAAUUACCACUACUAUAACAACUACCUCUACAACUAUCACUACCACUACAACCACUAAUAACCACAACUAUAACAACUACCACUACAACCACUAUAAUCACCACUACUAUAACAACUACCACUACAACCACUAUAAUUACCACUACUAUAACAACUACCACAACCACUACAGCUAUAAUCACCACUACUAUAACAACUACCACUACAACAACCACUACAACCACAACCAUUACCUCUACCACCACUCCUCUCUAUUUCUUUAA